AUAAGUGUGAUCGUGGAUUUCCGUUUUAGCCUAUCUUCAUACUGUACUGUCUGUACAGUAUGAGCGCUUGGUUUGUGACUUUGUCUAGUAAGCUCGAUGGAUAACACAAUUGACGAAUGUUACUCUCUUAUUCAGUGAUUCAUAAUUUGUUUUCCAACAUAGGUUUCCAAAAAUACAGAUUUAUUUAGAUUUGUACUUUACUGGCUCCAAUGUGUAGCUUACAUCCGUGUUGCUGCCUCUACCGCGCAGACUCGUCACUGCGGUUCACUGCGUUUCCGUGUUAGCUGGGCUGGCUAGCUGAUAGUGGCUGUCGUCAGGAGAGCCUACGAUCGACUCCGACUGGAUAUUGUAUCGAUGGAUAAAACAAAUAUUUUCGACAAUGCAUUAAUGUUCAUAAACUGUGUACUUGUGAAUUAUGCUAUGGAAAGUGCGGUGACUACACCGUCCGUAACAUGCGAUAUUAUCAAAACAAGAUAUUAGCCAAGUGUGCGUCUUAAGAGCAGUUUACGUUAUCUAGGUAACUGUUACCGCUAUAUAACAUUUAUGGUGGCUUCGUUGAUCCAUUUUUUGUGUUUUGUCCUCGUCUGUAUUGGUGGAAAAUGAAGAAGUUCAAUAUCAGAAAAGUGCUGGACGGCUUGACUGCUUCUUCCUCUGGCACUGCAUCUCCACAACCAGGAACUAAUCAAAACGAUGUGAUCCAAGAGACGCUACAAUCGGAGCAUUUCCAGCUCUGCAAGACUGUGCGCCAUGGCUUUCCCUACCAGCCCUCCUCCAUGGCCUUUGACCCUGUGCAAAAAAUUCUGGCCAUCGGGACUCAGAGCGGAGCUGUGAGACUUUUUGGCCGUGCGGGUGUGGAGUGUUACUGUCAGCAUGACAGUGGUGCAGCUGUAAUCCAGCUUCAGUUUCUGGUCAACGAGGGGGCGCUGGUGAGUGCCUUAGCUGAUGACAGCGUUCACCUGUGGAACCUGAGGCAGAAGCAGCCAGCUAUCCUGCACACUCUCAAAUUCAAUCGGGAGAGGAUCACGUUUUGUCACCUGCCCUUCCAGAGUAAAUGGCUGUACAUCGGCACAGAGAAAGGAAACAUCCACAUCGUCAACGUUGAGUCCUUCACACUGUCAGGCUACGUCAUUAUGUGGAACAAAGCCAUCGAACUGUCCUCCAAGUCACACCCUGGGCCUGUGGUCCACAUCAGUGAUAACCCCAUGGAUGAGGGAAAGAUUUUGAUUGGAUUUGAAUGUGGGACCGUGGUGUUGUGGGAUCUGAAAUGCAAAAAAGCUGACUACCGCUACAAUCAUGAUGAGGCCAUCCACUCUGUAGCCUGGCACCAUGAGGGAAAACAGUUCACCUGCAGCCACUCAGAUGGAACUCUGACCACAUGGAACGUACGUGUCCCCGCCAAGCCUACAAUCACCAUCACACCACACGGUAAGCAGCCCAAGGAUGGAAAGAAGCCAGAACCAUGUAAACCUAUCCUCAAAGUGGAGUAUAAAACGACUAGAGCUGGGGACGCCUUCGUGGUCAUGUCUGGAGGCCUGUCCUAUGACACGGGGUGCAGGAGGUCCUGUCUGACGGUGAUGCAUGGGAAGAGUACUGCUGUCCUGGAGAUGGACUAUCCCAUCGUAGACUUCCUCACGCUCUGCGAAACACCAUAUCCUAAUGAUUUCCAGGAGCCUUAUGCUGUAGUUGUCCUCUUGGAAAAGGAUUUAGUUGUCAUCGACCUUGAACAAAUUGGGUACCCAAUAUUUGAGAACCCGUACCCUCUGUCGAUCCACGAGUCUCCAGUGACGUGCGUGGAGUACUUUGCCGACUGCCCUCCUGAACUCAUACCUGCACUUUACUCUGUGGGCUCCCGGCAAAAGAGACAGGGCUACAGUAAGAAGGAAUGGCCUAUAAGUGGUGGUAACUGGGGCCAAGGCACACUGAGCUACCCUGAGAUCAUCGUCACUGGACAUGCUGACGGAUCAAUCAAGUUUUGGGAUGCUUCUGCAAUAAUGCUCCAAGUACUGUACAAGCUGAAGACUGCCAAGGUGUUUGAGAAGGCUCUAAAGGGCGGUAAGGAGGAGAAGCCGAGCACAGAGAUAGUGGAUGAGGAUCCCUUUGCCAUCCAGACUUUGUCGUGGUGCCCAGAGAGCAGAAUGCUGUGUGUGGCCGGAGUCUCUGCCCACGUCAUCAUCUAUAGGUUCAGCAAACAGGAAAUAACCACAGAGAUGGUGCAGCUGUUGGAGGUGCGUAUGCAGGGUGAGCUGAACGAUGUGGAUUCUCCAGACCCAGCAGGAGACCAUCCUCCCACCCCCUCUACCCCAGUACCCCCCUCCUCCUCCAGCCCUACCCAGGAGGGAGAGCCCCCCGAGGCCCAGCCCUUCACCUCUGAUGACCGGCCCAGGGAUAACGUACCAGGCCUUAAGGUCUGGAGCGCCCCUCUGAAGCAGUCUCCUGGUUACCAGGUGGAGCUGGUCAUUCAACUGGUCUGGGUUAGUGGUGAGCCGCCGCAGCAGAUCACCAGCCUGGCCGUCAGCUCGUCAGACGGACUUGUGGUGUUUGGCAACAGCAGCGGUCUGGCUGUCGUGGACUACCUUCAGAAGAGCCUCCUCCUGAACAUGAGCACGUCAGAGCUGUACAGUCCCUCAGACCCCUACCAGAGACAGCCUCGGUCGCCUCGCAAGACACGCCAGCCAUCUGGAGACAAAGACAUUCCGCCUGUGACAUCUUGCAUGUCCCGCCUUUCUAUAUUUUAUACGUCUAUGAAAAAGACCUAUCAUACUUCUAACUCCCCUCUCAGUGAUAACAGCGAUGGAAACAACAUUUCAGAGGAGAAAAGCAGCAAAUCACCAACGUCAGGCUCUACGACACCCACCAAUUCAGACGAUGAACACAAACAGAAAAGGUUUAUAGAAAUGGUGAAGUCCAAAAGCAGGCGCUUUUCCAAGACGGUUGCCAAUGACUUUGCCAAGAUGUCAAAGAAAAUGAGCUCACCUACAGAGCAAAAGACAGGCCUGGAUGCCAAGGACAGUUCGUUCAGCCGCUCGAGGAGCUCCAGUGUGACCAGUAUAGAGCGGGAGUCCCGCGAAGCCAUCUCCUCCUUCCACUUCAGUGAGAGUUUCCCCAGGAAGACGGACAGCAGCCCCAGCCCCAGCCUGUGGUUGGGUACUACCCAGGGCACUGUCCUGGUCCUCUCCCUCAGCCUGCCACCUACAGGGGACCAGAGGCUGCAGCAACCUGUCGGAGUCUCUUCCUGUGGUACUCUGGUCAGACUAAAAGGAGGUAUCCUGACUAUGGCCUUCCUGGACUCCCUUGGGGCGGUCCUACCCACUUCCUACGAGCCAUGGUCCGAGCCCAACGCUCCAGACGAGGAGAAGACGAGGAGGCGCAGGCCGGCCUCCCCACCCCCCACCCAUGAGGGUCAGGACAGCCAGUACGCUGUGGUGUGUUCAGAGAAACAGGCCAAGGUGGUGGGUCUGCCCUCCCAGUCCUGCUUCUUCAAACACAACAUAACAGAGAACUCUUUCGUGCUGAGAGCUGACGUGGUGCAGAUGGCCGCUGGACUCUGCCUCGCCUGCUUCUGUGCUAAUGGACACAUCAUGACUCUGAGUCUACCCAGUCUCAGACCACUCCUGGAUGUGAACUACCUUCCCCUGACAGACAUGAGGAUAGCCCGGACCUUCUGCUUCUCCAACCUGGGCCAGGCCAUGUACCUCACCUCCCCCACCGAGAUUCAGAGGAUCACAUACAGCCAGGAGACCUGCGACAAUCUGCAGGAGAUGAUGGGAGAGCUGUUUACACCGUUAGAGACACCUGAAGCUCCUAAUAGAGGUUUCUUCAAGGGCCUGUUUGGAGGAGGAGCUCAGUCGCUGGAUAGAGAAGAUCUGUUUGGUGAGACUGCGGCGGGUAAGGCAUCUCGUAGCCUGGCGCAGCACAUCCCCGGGCCCCAGGGCAUGGAGGGUAUGAAGGGAGCAGCCUCUGGGGUGGUGGGGGACCUGGCCCGUGCCAGGAUAGCCCUGGAUGAGAGGGGGCAGAAACUGGGUGAGCUGGAGGACAGAACCGCAGCCAUGAUGGCCAGCGCUGACUCCUUCUCUAAACACGCUCAUGAUAUGAUGCUGAAGUACAAAGAUAAGAAGUGGUACCAGCUCUGAUGGCAGCGAGGGGAGACAGUGGGACGCAGUUGUUUUGUUGCACCACUUUAUUAUCUACAGGAGAUGCAGCUCCUCCUCCUCCUCCUCUUCUCCUUCAUCUCUCUGCAGGAGGAAGAGGUGUUGUAUGACAGACUGAGAGGCUUUCUUCCUAGCAGCACAAUACAACACUGCAUUACCUCAGUCACCUGGUUACAGCAGACUGACUGAAGCAGGCUGACUGAAGCAGGCUGACUGAAGCAGGCUGACUGAAGCAGGCUGACUGAAACUGACUGACUGAAACUGACUGACUGAAGCAGACUGACUGAAGCAGACUGACUGAAGCAGACUGACUGAAGCUGACUGAC